AUGUCCAGGCUAUCCUUUUCGAAUUCCGCCUCCAGGUCGGACAAUUACCAUGCGCCCAGGGAUUCCCUAGAACUGGCCUCUUUGGCCUCGUCGCCCGACUCCGCCCCCAGAUCAUCCCGCUCCUCGUCCCCGUCGGGCAUCUCGUCCUCACGCAAGCUCUCGCUCGAGGAUGAGGACCCUCUCUCCAGCUCCCACCCACAGGCUCAAUCUGCCUCCGGCCGACCCCGGUCCGCCCGCUCUUACUCGAUUUCCUCCGCUUUCGACUUUGGGGCGACGCUGUUCCCCUUGUCGCAGACGACCGGUGGUUAUGCACCCUUGGGCGCCUCUUCCGCAGACCGAGAGGCCGGGGUCGCCGAUGGCUCCUUGGAAAGGAACAAAACGUUAACAUACCUGAACGGCCUGUCCCUAGUGGUGGGACUGAUUAUCGGUUCCGGCAUCUUCUCCUCUCCCAGCCAGGUCAAUGCCAAUGCGGGGUCGCCCGGGGCGUCGCUGAUUGCGUGGGUGGUGGCUGGGUUGCUGGCAUGGACAGGGGCGGCGAGCUAUGCGGAGCUCGGAGGUGCCAUUCCUUUGAAUGGGGGCUCCCAGGUGUACCUGUCCAAGAUCUUCGGAGAGCUGGCAGGCUUCCUGUUCACAUGGAGCGCCGUUCUCGUGCUGAAGCCCGGCAGCGCGGCCAUCAUUGCAAUCAUCUUUGGAGAAUACGUCGUCAGGGCUGUGGUUGGUGCCGAUGUUGAGACGGUUAAUCCAUGGAUCAACAAGGCUGUUGCGUUCGGUGGAAUCCUUGUCGUGACAUUACUGAACUGCAUCUCCACCAAAGUGGCCGCUCGCAUCGGCGAUUUCUUUAUGUUCUUCAAGUUCGUUGCAUUGCUGGGUGUCACAAUUAUCGGCAUCAUCGUGGCAAUCACCGGCCUCUCGUCAAGUGGAAGUGCCAACAAGGAGUGGAAGGCGGGCUGGUUCGAAGGUACGAAUCUGGAUGUAUCCGCAUGGGCUACGAACUAUGUGACGGGGGAAUUCAAGAACCCUCCCCGUGAUCUCCCACGGGUGAUUCACACCGCCAUGCCGCUGGUCAUCCUCAGCUAUAUCCUCGCCAACGUCUCCUACAUCCUUGUUCUGCCCCAUGCAACCAUCGAAGCCAGCAACACAAUCGCCGUCCAAUUCGGCGACAAGGUGUUCGGGUCGGUCGGGGCCCUGGUGUUCGCGCUGGUGGUGUCCGCGAGCUGCUUCGGCGCUCUGAACGCAACGACCUUCACCAGUGGACGGUUAGUCUACGCGGCCGGAAAGGAAGGCUAUCUGCCCUCUGUCUUCGGCAACCUGUGGACUCGAGACACAUCCACGAAUCGACUGCAGCGCCGAUCAUGGGUCAGCAAGUCGCUCACCCGCGUAUGCGGAGGUGGCACGCAGAUCGGAUUCACUCCCAUCAACGCCAUGGCACUGAACAGCGCACUCACCUUGAUUUACGUCAUAGUCGGCGAGUUCAAAACCCUCGUCACCUUCUACGGCGUCGCCGGAUACACCUUCUACUUCUUCACGGUACUAGGCCUGAUUGUGCUCCGCGUGCGUGAACCAUACCUGCACCGCCCGUACAAGACCUGGAUCUCGACCCCCAUCAUCUUCUGCUGUGUGAGUCUCUUCCUCCUCAGUCGGGCGAUUAUCGCAGAGCCGCUGCAGACCUUGAUCGUGGUCGCAUUCAUUGUGGCCGGCGUUCCUGUCUAUUACUGGCGCAUUUACAAACGAGACGGACGAAAGGCGUUUCCCGUCCCCGCCGUCCAAACCAACAUGGGAAGCCUUCAACCCUGGGAGCAGACUGUCUCCAAGAAGCGCUCAUUGCGCGACCAGCUGCUGAGCCCAUACCUGAUCAACGAUGUCAAUCGACGGAAGGGGCAGAUCCACUCCGUCCACGACCGUUCUUGUGUCCCGGAUGCCCCUGCGAUCCAAGAGAUAACCGACAUUGACAACAUCCCUCACCUAUUCGAGCGUCUAAAGACUGGGCAGUACACCGCAGAGCAGACGACUUUGGCGUAUAUCAAGAGGGCCGUGGCGGCACAUCAACUGACCAACUGCCUCACUGAGGUGGUCUUUGAGGAUGCGUUAGAGCAAGCCCGUGCAUUGGAUCGUGAAUUUCAGCAAAUCGGCCAGGUCAAAGGCCCACUCCACGGCAUUCCCGUCACACUGAAGGACCAGUUCGACCUCAAGGGGGUUGAUACUACACUGGGCUAUGUGGGCCGUGCUUUUGCUCCUGCUACACAAGAUGCAGUCCUCGCUCAGAUGCUCAAGGACCUGGGUGCCAUCGUGCUGGCAAAGACAAAUUUGCCACAGAGUAUCAUGUGGGCGGAAACUGAGAAUCCUCUCUGGGGCUUGACGACCAAUCCAAGAGACCCCGAGUUUACCCCGGGCGGCUCUACAGGAGGAGAAGCCGCUUUGCUGGCACUGCACGGCUCGAUCUUAGGCUAUGGGACGGAUAUCGGGGGCAGCGUGAGGAUUCCUCAGAGUCUCAUGGGACUCUACGGCUUGAAGCCCAGCAGCAGCAGACUCCCGUACCACGGUGUCGCCGUCUCAACUGAGGGACAGGAGCAUGUCCCCUCUGCAGUUGGCCCCAUGGCUCGGGAUUUGUCGUCCCUCUGCUAUGUAAGUCGACUGGUCGCCAACGCCCAGCCGUGGCAGCUAGAUCCCAAAUGUACACCCCUGCCUUGGAACGAAGAAUCGUUCCAGGAGGUCCAAAAUCGGCCUCUGGUAAUCGGGUUGAUCCUAGACGACGGCGUGGUGAGAGUACAUCAUCCGAUCGAGAGAGCUCUCCGGGACCUGUCCGCAAAGCUGGAGGCGCAGGGUCAUGAGAUAGUCGCCUGGGAUGCCUCGGACCACCUGGAUUAUAUCAAACUCAUGGACGUUUUCUACACCGUGGACGGAUGUGAGGAUAUCCGCCGGGACGUGGAAGCUGCUGGGGAGCCGAUGAUUCCUCAUGUGGAGGCGCUGGUGAAUCGGGGGAAGGCCAUUUCGGUGUAUGAAUACUGGCAGCUCAACAGGCAGAAGGUGGCGCUACAGAAGAGGUACUUGGAUAAGUGGAAUGCGGUCCGUUCUUCGUCCGGGAGACCCGUUGAUGUGCUCUUGGCCCCGACGACUCCCCAUCCUGCCAUCCCGCACCGGACACUGCGGUGGGUUGGGUAUACCAAGAUCUGGAAUUUCCUCGACUACUCCGCCGUCACCUUUCCUGUGGACCAAGUGAGGGCCGAGGUGGACGCGCCGCCCCAGGACUACCAGCCGAGGAAUGAUCUCGACGCGUGGAACUGGAAGCUUUACGAUGCGGAUACCAUGGAUGGCCAUCCGGUUAGUGUCCAGGUAAUCGGCAAGAAGCUGGAAGAAGAGAAGGUCUUGGGAGCAGCGACUGUCAUUGAGAAGAUGUGGAAGAGUUAG